AGAUCAGCGCUCGUCCGAUGGAAGUGUGCUUUCUGUUUUACAAACGAGGAGAUUGUUGUGACAUCUGCUGGAUAAAAUGUUGCGCACAUUCAUCUUAAUAAAGAAGACGCGGUGAUAAGGACAUAAUGGAGUUAUGUUAUGUGUCGUCGAGGCUGUUGUGAUGUUGUUCUGAGGAGAGACUAUGAGCUCUUCAGGAUGGGUGCGAACAAUGGCAAACCGUAUGAAAGUGAAGGAAAAGGCAGUUCCAGUAUCUCCUCCGACGUGAGCUCCAGCACUGAUCACACACCCACCAAAGCUCAGAAAAAUGUGACUACCAGUGAAGAUUCUGCCCUAAGUAUGAGGACACUUAGCACUCCAAGCCCCGCCCUCAUUCUGAAUCCAAACCCUUCAUCACUCUCACCUCAAACAGUCCCAAUAGGGUAUGAAACAUCUUCGCCUUCUAUUAAUGUCUGUGGGGAAACAGUGGCUCUGAUUCAUCCACCUCCAGGGACAAACUCACGCCCUUUCAAAACUGCUCAUGUGGCUCUCAUCGAUGCUCUGCCAGAUCCUGUUUUACUACACAUUCUCUCUUACCUGUCCACCCCUCACCUGUGCCGCUGCGCUCGAGUGUGUCGUCGCUGGUAUAACCUGUCCUGGGAUCCACGGCUCUGGAGAGCCAUCCGUCUUACUGGAGAGCUGCUAAAUGCUGACAGGACCCUUAAGGUUCUUACUAAUAGGUUAUGUCAGGACACUCCCAGUGUUUGUCUGACCCUGGAGACGGUUGUAGCCAGUGGCUGCCGGAGGCUUUCUGAUCGUGGGCUUCGUGUGAUAGCUCAGCGUUGUCCGGAGCUGCGGCAUUUGGAGGUUGCAGGCUGCUAUCAUGUGUCCAAUGAUGCUGUGUUUGACGUGGUGUCCCAGUGUCCCAGUCUGGAGCACCUAGAUGUAUCAGGUUGUCCUAAAGUGACCUGUAUCAGUCUGACUGAGGAGUCCUCUCUUCAGCUCACACCAUUACAUGGACAGCAGAUUUGCCUGCGUUAUCUGGACAUGACCGACUGUGUAUCAUUGGAGGACAAAGGCCUGAGGACCAUCGCCUUUCACUGUCCGCGUCUUACACAUCUCUACCUACGGCGCUGCAGCCGCCUAACCGAUGAGUCCCUUCGUCAGCUGUCACUGCACUGCAGCGCUUUACGUGAGCUUAGUCUAAGCGACUGCUUUCUGGUGGGAGAUUUUGGUUUGCGUGAAGUGGCUCGUCUGGAGGGCCACCUGCGGUAUCUAAGCGUGGCACACUGUAUGCGCAUUACCGACGUUGGACUGCGGUACGUGGCGCGCUACUGUCCACGGCUUCGGUACUUGAAUGCACGUGGCUGUGAGGGAAUAACAGACCAGGGUUUGAGACACUUAGCUCGUAGCUGCCCCAGACUGCGGUCUCUUGAUGUUGGCCAUUGCCCGCUGGUGUCAGAUGCUGGACUGGAAGUGUUAGCACAAUGUUGUGAGGGACUUCGAAGGCUGAGUCUGAGGGGCUGUGAGAGCGUGACAGGACGAGGGCUGACCGCGCUGGCGGCCGGAUGUCAUGAACUGCAGUUAUUAAAUGUACAGGAGUGUGAGGUGUCACCUGAGGCACUUCGACUGAUCCGACAGCAUUGCAGACGUUGUGUAAUAGAGCACACUAUACCGGCUUUCUACUGAGAGGACAACAGAGGUUUGGACUUCAGACAUGUAGAUGUUUAUAUUCUGCAUUUAUAUGACUGCAUGUCAAGAUGCAACAGGGUGGAUGUGUCUUAAAACCUAGUGAACUGAUUCACAAACUGCUUGCUAUGAAUGAGCAACUGUCCAUAUAAACAAUUAAUGUAGAGUCUGUUUAUGUUUCAGAGCAGUUCACAAAUCACAAUUUUGCAAACUGAUGUGAACUCCAUUGAACUUGACUACACAAUUAGUCUAUUUAGUCACCAACAUCAGCACUGAAAUCAUUUUGAGUAAGAUACGGUUUAUCUUAUCUUAAUGAUAAAUUAAAUAUAUACAUACACUAACAUAAUGCAAAGGAAAUCAAAUCAUUAUGUUACAUGGAUGUUUAAAUGUUUACAUUUGCUUUACCGUGCCAAUUUAUUAAAGCAGUACAACUUUUCGGCAUUAAACCCCUGACAUAAAUCAAAGGCCUUAAUAAGAAAAUCAACUGAGUAAAAUAAUAUUUAAUAACUUCAUUGCACUAUUUUAUACUGAUGCUAUUAAAAACAUUUACUGUAUGUUUCAAAAUCAGUAUUUCACAAUAUGGCUGUAAAGUGCUGUUCGGUGGACACCUGUCUAUGUUUUCUAGGUUUUGAGACACAGUUGGUGUUUGAUGGUCUUGCCUUUUAAAGAUCCACAUAAAAUAUAUAAUAGUAUUUAUCACAUGUAAGACAUGUAUUAUUAUCACUGUACAGAAAGCUGUGUUUUCCCAAAUGUCUUAACUGUGUUUAUUUGUGUCAACUAAUUGUUGUUUUAUUUUUUUUAAUUUUUUUUUUACAAAACGCUCUUUACCUUGUUGGUUGUGUUACAAGAUUCAAUUUUAAACAUCUUGUCUUACUGAGAAGAGGUUUUUAAGUGUACGUAUACUCAUUCUUUUUUAGAAAAAUAACAUAUUGGAUUUCAAGAGACCGCAUUUGUUCAGUUUAGACGAUGAAAAAUGUGGACAAAUUGCAAACAAAUUGCACUUUAAAAUGCAUUUUUAACUCAAAUAUUUUAUUUGAUAUUGCAGCAUAAUGAGUCAGUUUGGUAAAAUCUGUUGCUGCUAAAGACUGAAUAAAUGACUGCUUACUUAAAA